UUUAACGCUUUUUUUCCCGCUAUUUUCAGGCUUCAUCAGGCUGAUUGUUUAAAAUAAUAAAAUGAUUAAUAAUAAGUAAUUAAUGAUUUGUAUUCGCAAAAUUGAGACUAUCGGAAAUUAUUUUCUUAAGAAUUAACAGCAGAUCUAAAUCGAUAUGGGAAUUUUAGGAUUAGCAAAAUUUUUGGCUGAUGUUGCCCCUCAUGCCAUCAAGGAAACGGACAUAAAGAACUAUUUUGGUCGUAAAAUCGCAGUUGAUGCAUCAAUGUCCUUAUAUCAAUUUUUAAUUGCUGUGCGAAGUGAUGGGGCACAGUUAGUAUCAACUGAAGGAGAAACAACUUCUCACUUAAUGGGAAUGUUUUAUCGUACGAUUCGAUUAGUUGAGAAUGGUAUUAAACCAGUAUAUGUAUUUGAUGGUAAGCCUCCUACAAUGAAAUCUGGUGAACUAAAUAAAAGAAUGGAAAGAAGAGAGGAGGCCCAAAAAUCAUUGGAUAAGGCAACUGAAGCUGGAGAUGCUGCUGAAAUUGAUAAAUUCAGUCGUAGAUUAGUGAAGGUCACCAAGCAACAUGCAGAAGAUGCAAAACAACUAUUGAAACUAAUGGGAAUACCUUACAUUGAAGCUCCAUGUGAAGCAGAAGCACAAUGUGCUGCUCUUGUGAAAGCAGGAAAAGUGUUUGCAACAGCUACAGAAGAUAUGGAUGCAUUAACGUUUGGCUCUAAAGUUCUCCUUCGCCGCUUAACUUUUAGUGAAGCUAAAAAGAUGCCAAUUCAAGAAAUUCAAUUAGAUAAAGUUUUAGAAGGUUUGGGAUUGUCUCAUAAAGAAUUUAUAGAUUUGUGCAUUUUAUUAGGAUGUGAUUAUACAGAUAGUAUUAGGGGAAUUGGACCGAAAAGAGCAAUUGAAUUGAUGAAACAGCAUCGAUGUUUAGAAGGAAUAAUGAAUAGUAUUGAUAAGUCAAAAUACACUGUCCCAGAGAACUGGAAUUAUGAAGGUGCAAGGCAAUUAUUUAUAGAGCCUGAAGUGGCAGACCCUGAUUCUUUUGAGAUAAAAUGGAGUGACCCAGAUGAAGAUGGUUUAGUGAAGUACCUUUGUAAUGACAAACAGUUUAAUGAAGAACGAGUUAGAAAUGGCGCUAAAAAAUUACAGCGAGCUAGAGGAACAGCAACGCAAGUACGUCUUGAUGGGUUCUUUACAGUUGUUUCAACAACCCCUGCUAAACGUAAGCCUAAUCCAAAAAAAGAUACACCAAACAAAAGAGGAAAAACUGGAGGAUCUCGAACUCGGGGAAAACCCAAAUAAUAAAUCUCAAAUUAAUAUUUAAAAAUUAAGGUUUGAGAUUUUAGAUGCUAAGUUAUUUAACAAAACUAAAGUUUUACGAAUCGAUUUUAUAAAAAUUCAUAUUAACAAAAAAAGUGUAAUUAUAACUUUCAUAUAUAAAUCAGUCCAAUUGUUUACCAUUAAAAUUUUAAUUUUU